CACGGGCCCUCCCUCUCCGUCCCAUUCUGUCUCUCCCUCCCAUUCCCCUUCUCUCUCCCACAGACGGCAGCAGCGAGCUGAAUUCGAAGACCCGUUAGUUACUUUGUUCUGAUGCAGUCAGCGAGCGGAGCGGCGACUCGGAGCCCGGGGACCGACAGCGGGCAGCCGGUGGCAGAGGCGGGCAGCCGAGAGGAGCCGAAUCCCAACUCCAGCAACAGGCGCAAGGAACCGGAGCGGAGGGACUCGCGGAAACGGAGGGAGAGGAAGCGGCUGCUAGAGUUAAACAUGGGGGAACAACCAAUUUUCAGCGCUCGAGCUCACGUUUUCCAGAUCGACCCAACGACCAAACGGAACUGGAUCCCAGCCAGCAAGCACGCUGUUACCGUCUCCUUCUUCUACGACAGCACCCGCAAUGUUUACCGGAUCAUCAGCGUCGGGGGCACCAAGGCAAUUAUCAACAGCACCAUCACGCCCAAUAUGAGUUUCACCAAAACCUCGCAAAAAUUUGGGCAAUGGGCCGACAGUCGCGCCAACACAGUCUAUGGCCUGGGCUUCAACUCUGAGCAGCAGCUUGCACAGUUUGCAGAGAGGUUUCAAGAGGUGAAGGAAGCAGCUCGCUUGGCAAGAGAGAAAUCCCAGGAUAAAACGGAACUGACAAACCCAGCACUAGAGAUUACGACCCCACAGGACUUGUCCAUCGAUCUUAAUUCCCCUCCACUGCAGCUGGCCAGUGCAAAUGGGAGCGGUGUUCCGAAACUUUACCAUUCCGAGAGCUGUGAUGGAGAAAUGAUGCUGGACAGUGCUCGGAUUAAGUCUCUCUUCUCCCAGGGGUCCAUCAGCGAGCCCCAGUGGGAGUUGGAGUUACUUGCACUGCAGGAGAGUAACGGAAAGCUGGUGCAGGCACUCCAUGAGUCGAACAUCACAGUUGAGCAGUGGAAGAAGCAGCUGGCUGCAUAUAAAGAGGAGGCAGAGAAACUGCGGGACCGGGUCAUUGAGCUUGAGUCACAGGGCGUGGAGAACGUGACAGUUGCAACUCAGAACACAGAUCUCAGCCAAUCGGUAGAGGAGCUUGAGACCUUGUUAAAGGAGAAAGAGGAGGAGAUCCAGUUAUUGAGGAGUCAGAAAUCUGAUGUGAACGAGUUGGAAAGCGACCGGGAGGAGGCACUGCUCCGACUGCAGGAGGUGGAGGGCCGGAACGCUGAGCUGGAGCAACAACUACAGGAUGUGGAGCAGACCCUGGUGGACUGCGUGAACGACAGAGAGAGGGUCCAGCGUGAUGCUCGUAAACUGCUGGAUAUCCUCGAUGUUAAGCUGUACGAACUGAAUGAUUUGCGCCAGGGUCUGGCUAAAAUUGCAGAGAAGGAAGAAAAGUCCUGAAUUUUGUGUAGCUGACUCUUGAUGUCCAGAUCCUCCUGACACACAGUUCCCUGCCCAUCGACUUAACUCCCUCAUCCCCUACCGUCACCACCACCCCUGUCACUCCCUCACUGUUAAUUUCAUGUGUUUACCU